CAAGUGGUAGAGUGUCUGCCUAGAAAGUUGGCGGCCGUGCGCUCCCUGCUCUUCUGGGCGCUGGUCUACGGCUACUGCGGGCUCUGCGCCGCCGUCCACCUGCUCAAACUUUUGUGGAGCAUCGGCCGGGGGCCGGCGCGGACCUUCCGGCGGGCGGCGCGGGAGCAGCCCCCCGCCUGCCUCAGCGACCCCUCGCUGGGCACCCACUGCUACGUGCGGAUCAAGGAUUCAGGGUUAAGAUUUCACUACGUUGCUGCUGGAGAAAGAGGCAAACCACUUAUGCUGCUGCUUCAUGGCUUUCCAGAAUUCUGGUAUUCUUGGCGUCACCAAUUGAGAGAAUUUAAAAGUGAAUAUAGAGUUGUCGCAUUGGAUUUGAGAGGCUAUGGAGAAACAGAUGCUCCCAUUCAUCGAGAGAAUUAUAAACUGGACUGCCUAAUUACAGAUAUAAAGGAUAUUUUAGAUUCCUUGGGAUAUAGCAAAUGUGUUCUGAUUGGCCAUGACUGGGGGGGUAUGAUUGCUUGGCUAAUCGCCAUCUGUUAUCCAGAAAUGGUGAUGAAACUGAUUGCUAUUAACUUCCCUCAUCCGAAUGUCUUCACAGAAUACAUUUUACGACACCCUGUCCAGCUGUUCAAAUCCAGCUUUUACUACUUCUUCCAAAUACCCCGGCUUCCAGAAUUUAUGUUCUCAAUAAAUGAUUUCCAGGCUUUGAAACAUCUGUUUACCAGUCAAAGCACAGGCAUUGGACACCGAGGCUGUCGAUUAACAACAGAAGAUCUUGAAGCUUAUGUUUAUGUCUUUUCUCAGCCUGGAGCACUAAGUGGUCCAAUUAAUCAUUAUCGAAGUAUUUUCAGCUGCCUGCCUCUCAAGCAUCACAUGGUGAACACUCCAACACUACUAUUAUGGGGAGAGAAAGAUGCAUUUAUGGAGGUAGAGAUGGCUGAGGUCACCAAGAUUUAUGUGAAGAACUAUUUCAGACUGACCAUUUUGACAGAAGCUAGUCACUGGCUUCAGCAAGACCAACCUGACAUUGUAAACAAAUUGAUAUGGACAUUUCUAAAAGAAGAAACGAAAAAAAAAGAGUGA